AUGGAUCAACAUAUUACUGAUGUAGAUUAUAACCACGCAAAAUUAGUUUGGGAAAAAUUCAAUUUGAAAACUCUUGAAGAUUAUAGCUAUUUGUACAUAAAAACCUAUAUACUUUUAUUCGCCUCAGUGUUUGAAACGUUUAGAGAUACGUGUUAUAAAACGUACGGUUUAGACCCCGUUCAUUAUUAUACAGUUCCAGGUUAUACUUGGGAUUGUAUGCUUAAAUAUACAAAAUGUGCAUUAAAAACAAUACAGGAUGUCGACAUGUUAUUAUUUUUUGAGGGUGGCAUACGAGGAGGGAUAUCUUAA